AUGGACAAACCCUUGUAUUCAAUGUUCACCGGGGCGGACGCAGAGGGGAACUCUCACGCCCUUCUGAAGGGCCGCCUUCCAAUAACGGAUGGGAUUGAUUCUUACACUCAGUCAUUCCUGGAGCAGUGCCAUUUCCAUCAAGGGCACUCUAUGAUCCCGAUGGAAGUGUCACCGGACGAUCAUACUUACUUCUGGUCUCAUAAUCCAGAGAAUAAGGGCUCGGAACCGCAUGGGCUUCAUAACGGUCAUUACAAGGCUGGGAUCUAUUCUCCUACGGUGGCCCAAUGCGACGCUCUCUUCCGCCACACACUCUUGAUAACUGGGUUCAUCCCUGACAACUGGCGGCAUCUGAUGAAUUGUGCCAUUGAAAAGAAGCCAGGAGACUUUUGGCUGACAAAAAUGCGUACAAUUCAACUCAUGAAUUCUGAAUCCCAAGCGAACUACAAGAAAUUGGGCCGCCUGGCCAUGGCCUACGGCGAGGAUCAUCAUCUCUUGGUAGAUGCACAGUGCAGGUCUGGAAAGCACCAUCAAGAAAUCGAUCUUGCCCUGUCUAAACGCCUGGUGUGGGACCUGCUGAUUCUCCAGCGCCGCUCCGCAGGGUGGAUUUCAAAUGACGCAAAGUCGUGUUUUGAUUGGGUCGUCCAUUGGGUUGCGGUGAUAGCGAUGAUGCGUAUGGCGAUUACUUGGAAUGUGUUGCGUAUGAUGUUUGACACUCUAGCAAUGUCCACGCACCAAGUGCAGACGGGCUUUGGUGACUCUGAAGAGAGCUUUCAUCCCCCUUCCAUUGUACCAUUUCAGGGUUGCGGCGUGUUACUAUUGACCAGACUGCAGCUGGAGACGCUGAAAGAAAGAGUCAGAAAAUACAGUAUCUCAUCACAUUUCAGUCCGCAGCAACUCAUUGAUAAUGUCAAUAUCAACUAUAAGAGUGACAUGGUUGCUGAACUUGGACAAUAUGUUCAUGCAAUUGCAACGGAUUCCAACAAUUCCAUGGAACCCCAAAGUAUCGAAGCGAUUUACAUUGAACCUACAAAGGGACAACUUACUGGGCACGGAGAGCUCAACCUCAAUACUAAGAAGAUGAUUUCCCGACCCAAGGUCGUCAUACUACCUGUUACCGACCAAGUAAUCCAGCGUGUUGAAGCUUGGGCUGCUGCCAAAGGUGUUACUUCCAUGAAGUUCUUCGAUAAGAAGAGAGAUUUGGAGACAUUUCAAGAUGGCGAUCAAAUCGCAGGAGUGGAUGACACAGAACAAGGUUACUUAGAAGAAGGCUUUGAUCAGGACUAUGAACCUGAAGAUGAAGAUGAACGUGAUUUCAACCUACGUGGACAAUUCAAUGAUAUGAAGAUGAAGAUGAAUGUGAUUUCAAUCUACGUGGACAAUUCGAUGAUAUCGAUGACUCCAAAAGAGAAGAGCUCUUGGCAGAUGCAGACAAUGAUGUCGAUGAUAUGCCAGAACUCACUGUCAGAUUCUGUGGAGAUGAUGACUAUGAAUCAGACGACGAUUCGGGUGAUGAAGGCGACAAAGAGGAAGAACCUAAUGUGGCCGAUUUGGAUCACCAUCAAGAAAAUGUCGAUAGAGGAACCGAUGAUAUUGGGAGCUCGUUACUGA